ACUUUGCUUGUUUUGAAGGGCUUAUGUUUCAAAGUAAAAUCUUCGGUCAUCGAUUUUAGGAGUGCCGAAACUCAAGUCAAAUUUAAACAUGCAUGUUUCUCUUCUAUCUAAUAGUACAUCAGAACAUAUGUUAGCCUCAAUACAAAUCAUCCCAGUAUAGUUCAGUCAAAAAAUUCACAGAUGUCUCUUUCUUCGCAGAUAAUUCGAAAAGACAUCCCGAAUAAAGUUGCGUCUUUAUAUUAAAAAUAAAAAAAUGAUCCACGUUGAAUAAUCUAUAUGAAAGUAGUACUGCUACAGUAACAAAAAGAGUCUUUUUAUAGUUGUUGUAUUCUAUAUAUAAUUAUAUAGUUUCAGUUUGUUCAGAACAUACCUUUGAGUCUAAUUUUCUUUUCCUGUUUUUGCGGCUUAUCGCCGCCUUUGCCGUUUAGCUUCUGCUUUUUUCUGUGCCAAUUGUUGCCAAGCAUUAAAGCGGUGGUGCUUUUUAUUACUCACUUCUUCUUCUUCUUCUUCUUUUCCUCACUUUUCAAUCUUUGCAGUUUCUGAAACCAACCUUCAUAAGCUAAUUGCAUUUAAAGCUUCUUACAAGAACAAUUCUUAGCCAUUAUUACCCCUAUAUCUCUGCCACUUUACUGUUUUUUAGCUUAUUCACAUUCAAUUACACAAUCUCUUUUCUUCUUAAAUAAAGGGUUGGUCUUGGUUUUUUCUUUUAACAAAGACUUUUGGAGUAGUACUAGUAAGUAAGAAAGUGACUCAACUAGUAUAAAGAUCCAUAAGAAAAAACAAUGUUGCCACAGAAACAAGCAGAGGAAGCAAUAGUGAGUAGCUUCAAUGAAACAGAUCAACAAGAAGGAGUAAUUGGAAGAGAAGAAGAGAAUGAAGAUCAUUCAUUUAGCAUCAAGAACAUUCUUUGGCAUGGUGGUUCUGUUUGGGAUGCAUGGUUCAGUUGUGCUUCAAAUCAAGUGGCUCAAGUGCUUUUGACACUGCCAUGUUCUUUCUCUCAACUUGGCAUGCUAUCAGGAGUCUUGCUUCAAGUUUUCUAUGGAAUUCUUGGAAGUUGGACUGCUUAUAUUAUCAGUGUCCUCUAUAUUGAGUACCGCACUAGAAAAGAAAAAGAAAAUGUUAAUUUCAAGAAUCAUGUCAUUCAGUGGUUUGAAGUGCUUGAUGGGUUGCUGGGUCCAUAUUGGAAAGCCUUGGGGCUAGCUUUCAAUUGUACUUUCCUUCUCUUUGGAUCUGUGAUUCAGCUUAUAGCUUGUGCAAGCAACAUCUACUACAUAAAUGAUAACUUGGACAAAAGAACUUGGACAUAUAUCUUUGGAGCAUGUUGUGCUACAACUGUGUUCAUACCAUCCUUCCACAAUUACCGUAUUUGGUCUUUCCUUGGACUUGGAAUGACAACUUACACAGCUUGGUAUCUCACCAUUGCAGCUAUUGUUCAUGGCCAGGCAGAAAAUGUGACACAUACUGGUCCAAAGAAAUUAGUGUUGUACUUCACUGGAGCAACAAAUAUACUAUACACAUUUGGUGGACAUGCUGUUACUGUAGAGAUUAUGCAUGCCAUGUGGAAGCCACAAAAAUUCAAGUACAUAUAUUUGAUGGCAACUUUAUAUGUUUUCACAUUAACAAUUCCUUCAGCUACUGCUGUUUAUUGGGCCUUUGGUGAUCAACUUCUUAACCAUUCCAAUGCUUUCUCUCUUCUCCCUAAAAAUGGAUUUAGGGAUGCAGCUGUUAUCCUUAUGCUCAUUCACCAGUUCAUCACAUUUGGUUUUGCGUGUACUCCAUUGUACUUUGUAUGGGAGAAAGUAAUUGGAAUGCAUGACACAAGAAGCAUUUGUCUAAGGGCACUAGCAAGGUUACCAGUGGUUAUACCUAUUUGGUUCUUGGCUAUCAUUUUCCCUUUCUUUGGACCCAUUAAUUCUGCUGUUGGAGCUCUUCUUGUUAGUUUCACUGUUUACAUCAUUCCUUCCGCGGCUCAUAUGCUCACUUACCGAAAAGCCACUGCGCGACAGAAUGCUGCUGAAAAACCUCCUUUCUUCAUGCCAAGCUGGACAGCAAUGUAUAUUUUCAAUGCAUUCAUUGUGGUAUGGGUAUUGGUGGUUGGGUUUGGGUUUGGUGGAUGGGCUAGUAUGACAAAUUUCAUUAGACAAAUUGACACAUUUGGGCUUUUUGCUAAGUGCUACCAAUGCAAGCCUCCACCAGUUAUGGUCGCAGCACCACCCCCUCAUGCCCUUCAUCAUUGAAAUUACAACUCACUCCCCUCAACAUAGAAGAAUUCAGCUGAAAAAUCUACUCUUUUAUUAUAAUCUCAUAGGUCCCUCAAUAUUUUGUAACAUACAUGGAGGGAUAUAGUAGUAAUACUUCACCCCCCUUCAUUUGGUGUGUGCUGGAUGUGUGUUGUGCAAGUGUUCUUUUUCUUUUCUUUUCCUUUGUUUUAUUAUAUAGUUUUUUUUUUCUUCCACCCUUUUAAGAUUAGUUGAUUAAAAAUAGUGUGGAUGAAUGGUUAUGAUUCCUUUGCUAUAAAUGCAUAGGCUAAUUAAUUAAAUUACAUGUGUUUUGGUA